GCAGCCAUGGAUGCAUCAUCUUUGCACAUAGUGAUGUUUCCAUGGUUUGCCAUGGGACACCUAACUCCAUAUCUUCACCUCUCCAACAAGUUAGCAAAUAGAGGACAUAGAAUCUCCUUCUUCAUCCCCAAGAGAACACAAACUAAGCUACAACAUCUCAACCUUCACCCACACCUCAUCACUUUUGUUCCCAUCACUGUUCCUCAUGUUGAUGGCCUUCCUCAUGAUGCUGAAACUUCUUCGGAAGUGCCCUUCUCCUUAUUCCCACUUAUUGCCAAAGCUAUGGAUUUCACAGAGAAGGACAUUGAACUUCUCCUAAGGGAAUUGAAGCCACAAAUUGUUUUCUUCGAUUUCCAACAUUGGAUACCAAACUUGACACGAAGAUUAGGCAUCAAGUGCAUCCAACAUUGGAUAGUUAAUCCAUUAUCAAUAGCUUACCUAUGGAACGGACCGAGACGAUGCCAAGGAGGAGAAUUAACUGAAGAUGAUCUUAUGAAACCGCCUCGAGGGUUUCCUGAUUCAUCCAUCAUGCUUCAUCCACAUGAACGGAGAUUCCUAGCUGCCACAAGGAAAAUAGAGUUUGGUAAUGGUGUUUUGUUGUACGAUCGUCUCGAUAUAGGUUCAAGCUCUUCAGAUGCACUUGGAUUCAAAGGUUGUAGAGAGAUUGAUGGGCCAUAUGCAGACUAUCUUGAAACUGUGUAUGGAAAACCUGUUCUACUUUCAGGACCUUUGUUACCUGACCCACCAAAAACUACUUUGGAGGAAAAAUGGGUUGCAUGGCUUGGAGGAUUCAAGGAUGGUUCUGCUAUUUUCUGUGCUUAUGGAAGUGAAAGCCCGUUACAGCAAAAUCAAUUUCAAGAGUUGUUGCUUGGUCUUGAACUAACUGGUUUUCCAUUUCUUGCAGCACUUAAGCCCCCUAACGGAUUUGAGUCUAUUGAAGAAGCUUUGCCAGAAGGGUUCAAAGAAAGGGUUCAAGGAAGAGGGAUUGCAUAUGGAAGUUGGGUGCCACAGCAACUGAUUUUAGGUCAUCCUUCUGUUGGGUGCUUCAUAACACAUUGUGGAGCAGCUUCUAUAACAGAGGCACUUGUGAAUAAGUGUCAGUUAGUGUUCUUACCACGAUUAGGUGCUGACCAUGUCAUAAAUGCACGAAUGUUAAGUGGAAAGUUAAAGGUAGGAGUGGAAGUGGAGAAAGGUGAAGAAGAUGGCCUGUUCACCAAAGAAAACAUUUGUAGAGCUGUGAAAAUUGUAAUGGAUGAUGAGAAUGAGUUUGGAAGAGAAGUGAGAGCAAAUCAUACGAAAAUGAGGAACUUCUUACUAAGCGACAAAUUAGAAUCAUCAUGUGUUGAGAGUUUUUGUCGCAAGCUUCAAGAUUUACUUUAA